GACUUUUCUUCUGAAUUCUCUUGUCAUCCAACCAAAGGGCCAAGCUAACAAAUUGGGAUGCACUCCUCAUAUGGGCGGUUAAGAUCUCCAUGUGUGAAAAAUGAAGCCCUGGAUUGCCAUGGUUUGCUGUUUAGUAUUUUUUCUGACAACAGAAUGUUCUCAUUCCAAACCCAAGACUCACAGAAAAGAUGAAGAUAAAUUUCAAAUAUCUCUACAGAAGCAUGAGUUUAGACCAAGACAGGGUAAAUGUGAUGGACUGUGCAGCUCUUCUUCCAGCUGUAACCAGAGCUGUCCUUGGAACUUCCGUGGAGAAAUCGUAUUCACAUGUAAUCAAAACAAAUGGCAAAAAACAAUCGAAACAUGCACAAGUCUCUCUGUGGACACCUUGUUUCAGCGCAUACAUCCUGCAGCUAGCCUAUCCUUGGCGUCUUCUUCUGUUUUUCCCAUGAGCUUAAUUGGCAAUGCAGCACCAGUCCAUAUUGGAAAUGUAUUUCAAGGAAUCCAAAAGUACUGCCCCGAGGACUACGUUUGCAUUGUUGAUGCUGUGAAAUCCUCUGCAGUUACAUCUGGAAAUAUUGCAUUCAUAGUAGAGUUAUUAAAAAAUAUCUCUUCAAACCUGCAAACUUCUGGAAUACAUGAUAAUGUGAAUUGGAAGAAAAUGAAGAACUAUGGCAAAGUGGCCAACCAUAUCCUUGGCCCCACUGCCAUUUCAAAUUGGGCUUUCAUUGCCAACAAAAAUGCCAGCUCAGAUCUGUUGGAGUCGGUGAACUCUUUUGCCAAGAAACUCCAAAUCCAAGGUAAAUCUGAGAGCAUCGUAGAUGAACUCUUUAUUCAGACGAAAGGCUCUCGUAUCUCUCACAGUUCCUCAGAGCACAGCCUCAGCCUCUCUGUACCCAGGUACAAUGCUACAGAAGAUGUCUUAGUGGUGAUCGAAAUUCCUAGGCAAGCAUUACAGGAGCUGUCGUUCAAUGCCUCCCAAGCCAUUGUUGUCGCUUUUCCAACCUUGGGGGCCAUUCUAAAAGAAGUCCAUCGGCCAAAUACAAAUCUCCAAAAGCCUAUAGAUGACCUCAUCCUAUCACUGGUUUUGCCAGAAGGUCUGAACGAAAUCAUACUCACCUUUGAUAAAAUCAAUAAAUCCCAGAGCACCAGCAGCCAGUGUGUCAGCUGGGAUCCUGCAACAGGGCAGUGGGAUGAGAGCCCAUGUACAGUGAUGUCAGACAUCAAUAGCACAGUGAAAUGCCGGUGCAGGCACACCAAAGCUGUGACGUCCUUCUCCAUCCUCAUGUCUUCUAAGCCUGUAAAGAAUACGAUUCUGAACCAUAUCACCUUCAUUGGACUCAGCAUCUCCAUCUUUAGCUUGGUGCUCUGCCUGGUCAUUGAGGCCAUCGUCUGGUCCCGGGUGGUUGUUACAGAGAUAUCCUACAUGCGCCACGUGUGCAUCGUGAACAUUGCAGUGUCCCUCCUGACUGCCAAUGUGUGGUUCAUCAUUGGCUCCAACUUCAGUGCCAACGUUCAGGAGGAUCACAAGUGGUGUGUGGCUGUGACAUUUCUCUGCCACUUCUUCUUCCUCUCCCUGUUCUUCUGGAUGCUCUUCAAAGCGCUGCUCAUAGUCUAUGGAAUACUGGUUGUCUUCCGCAGGAUGAUGAAGUCUCGGAUGAUGGCCAUUGGCUUUGCCAUUGGCUAUGGGUGUCCCCUUGUGAUCGCGGUCAUCACUGUUACUGUCACAGAGCCUGGGGAAGGCUACACCAGAAAAGAUGCCUGUUGGCUUAAUUGGAACCAAACCAAAGCCCUUUUUGCUUUUGCUAUCCCAGCCUUGGCCAUUGUGGCUGUGAAUCUCCUUGUGGUUCUGGCAGUUGCUAUCAACACACAGAGGCCCUUGAUUGGCAGUUCAAAAUCUCAGGAUAUGGCCAUUGUUUUCAGGAUCAGCAAAAAUGUUGCCAUCCUCACCCCACUUCUGGGACUGACCUGGGGUUUUGGUCUAACAACCCUGCUAGAAGGCGUACACCUGGUAUUCCAUAUAAUCUUCGCCUUGCUCAAUGCUUUCCAGGGCUUUUUCAUCUUGCUGUUUGGUACCAUUAUGGAUCACAAGAUAAGAGAUGCUCUGAGGAUGAGGGUAUCUUCAUUGAAGGGGAAAUCAAGGGCAGCAGAGAAGGUGUCAUUAAGUCCAGCCAAUGGAUCCAGAAUACUGAAUCGCUGAGACUGCAAUAGACACCUUGCUUGCUGGGAUGGAGAGGGCUCCAAGAGAAGGAUGCACAAAUGUCUCUGGAAUGAAGCAACAUCUUCUUCCAGCCAGGAGCACCACCUAAGUUGGAAAACUAGCUACGACACACAGUGAAUGAGUGGACUUUAAAAAAGAUUGACCUGCAGCCUCUCACCUCACAAAGGCUGACUUUUUAUUCACCUCAGCAAGUUUCACAAUCCAGCUGCAAAUCACUGUACUGUCCAUGGCUGAUGGGCAGCCUGCGAAAUUGUCAACUUUCAGCGUACCUUCCCACCCCUAGGCUUCUCUGUGGCUCUGGACCCAGACAUCCUCCCUCGUGAGGGUAUCCUGGGUGUCUGGGUGUCUCUGUGUGUGUGUCUGUGUGUUGUCUCAGGUCAGAUUCAGUGUCAGUGGUGGGGUUGGAGAUCAAACAUGAAUGAUAAUAUUGUAUCUACUUUGCAGAUUGUCCCUGGUAGGUUUCCCAAAGACAGGGAAUGAACAACGGGCAGGUAGGUGGUGUUCAGUGUGCUUACUAUUGUAAUCCUUGAGUAAAUCACCUGACGUGUAGGGCCUUAGCUUCUUUACUUGUGAGACAGACACAACGCUGUUCCAGGUCUUACUAGUUGUGUGCUUAUGACUGUUUUCCUUUUAAACAACUGUAAAUAAAGACAUCCUGGGGCGUGAUUUCAGAAAAUAAAGUAAGUUGCAUUUACUUUCCUGAACUUGGUCAUAUGAGUUGUCACUCAAGAUGGGUUUUUCUGAUGACAACCCAACCUUCUUGGAUAUCAGCCGUAUUGCACCACAGCUAAGUCUCGGGGAGAUAGUCCUGCCAUGUGCACUUGAAGUUCAAACUGGCAAAGGUGAGGUGAAUGACAUUCCCACAGACCGACCUUCAGUGCCAUCAUUAGGACUAGAGAUGGCCCUAUGUGUAGGCUAUUUGGGUGGUUUUUUUUUUUUCAUAAAACAAAAAUACUUAGUGUGUUUAACAGUUAGUGGACCACUACUUGGUUAGAAAGAAAGGUUACUAAGGAUCAAACUGCCAAGGCUGUCCCUUGCCUGGUCAGAGAGAGGAGCAAAAUGAUGGAGAAUUGAGAAAAAAGUUUUGUUUUUUUUUUUUUUGAGAGGAAAGAGUUUAUUUCAUCUUAUAUCUUAUAGUACAUUAUGAGUGGUAGUCAGAACAGGAAAUCAAACAUGAACUUGGCACUGAAGAAGAUGUCACGAAGGAGUAUUUACUGUCUUGUGCAAACUGAUUUCUUAUUCCAGCUGUUCAGGAGGGCACUUGCAAUGUAAAUCAGUCAAGAAAAUACUCAAUGAUCUUUUGCCUACUAGACAAUGUGAUGGAGACAUUUCCUCAACUGAAGUUUCCUUUUUUAGUUUGACUCCUGUUAGACUAUAUUUGAU